AUGGUGGACAGGACCAGAUUCCAGGCAUUUGCCAACAAGCCAAGGGUAUUGGUUCUCACGGACAUCUCCAACGAACCGGAUGACGCCGAGUCCCUCGUCCGUUACCUCCUCUACUCGAACCAGUUUCAAACCGAAGGGCUCGUAGCUGUCUCAUCUACAUGGAUGAAAAAUAAGGUGUGCCCGCAAGAUAUUCACAAGAUUAUCGACGCCUACGCAGGAGCCGUCGACAACCUCAACAGGCACACGCAUCCCGAGUCUCCAUACCCAUCAGCCGACAGCCUGCGAGCUCUGGUCAAAUCUGGCCCACCGGUGUAUGGUUUCGCCGGUGUGGGCUUGGACAAGCCUUUGACCGACGGCGCACACCUGCUCCUCGAGAGAAUCGAGGCUACUUCAGAAGAAUCACUCUGGGUUCUCGUCUGGGGCGGCACAAAUGUCUUAGCUCAGGUCCUAUUGACCAUCAGCGACCGAUACUCUGCCGAAGAAGCGGCCAAGUUACGGGCGAAGCUGAGAGUAUACACCAUCUCCGACCAAGACGAUAGCUCUGCCUGGAUCCGCACCCAGUUCCCUGAUAUCUUCUAUAUCUCUUCUAUCCACGGCUGGAACCAGUACGGUCUUGCCGCCUGGACCGGUAUUUCUGGCGACAAAUACUACGGCUUCGACCAGGGUGGCCCGGACUUUUCCAAGGUCUCGAAGCAAUGGCUCAAGGAGAACAUCCAGAUCGGACCUUUGGGCUCUGCAUAUCCGGACUUCCUCUUUAUACCUGAGGGCGACACCCCGACAUUCCUUUACCUUGUUCAGAAUGGCCUGGGCGACCGUGAGCACCCUGAGUACGGCUCAUGGGGAGGCCGUUACGCUCUGACAGAUGCUAGCGAUUCCGGCCAGCAGGGGAAACAUUAUAGCGAUGUGUCCGACUCUGUUGUUGGUAUCGACGGUAAGACAUACCGCUCAAACCAGGCCACGAUCUGGCGAUGGCGUGACACUUUCCAGAAUGACUUUGCGGCCCGCAUGAAGUGGUCUCUCAACCCCGGUCUAGUGGCAACCAACCACCAUCCGGUUAUUGUUGUCAACGGUUCUGGAAGUCUAACGCCGUUGCGUUUUGAAGCAGAAGCUGGUUCUUUCAUCGAGCUGAACGCUUCGGAGACAUAUGAUCCCGAUGGAGAUAACUUAACCUUCAAAUGGUGGCAGUAUCGUGAGCCUAGCGCCACGCAAUGGUUAGUGGAUUAUGAAGUCUCGGAGCUUGGAAUCGAGAAGUUGGACCCCGAAGGAAAGAAGAUCAAGGUGAUUUUGCCAGGGCCGGAGAAGUCGUGCAUGGAUUUGAUCAGCCGGCAGCCUUUGUCAAAAGGUCAGUUGCUGCACCUGGUCUUGGAGGUGACUGAUAGUGGAACGCCUGCUUUGACGAGCUACCGUCGGGUAUUGAUUCAAACUACGAAUAAGGAUUUGAAAGGAGGAAACCUGCUCAAGAAAGGCGCAGAGCGAAAUGCAAUCGGCGAUGCUAUGAAGGAUUACAUUGGCUGA